AUGAAGUUGAAUUGUUUAGCACUCGUUUGCUCUGCGGUCGUGUUGCUAAGCAUCUUUGCCGUGAGCCACGCCGGAGUCACCAGUACCUAUGUCAGAGUCUCUGAGCCAUCUGAAGAAAUGCCACUCGAAACCUUUCCUCCUCCCGCCGGGUUAAACGCUCCCGAACAAGUUCACAUCACACAAGGAGAUCACUCUGGCCGAGGUAUGAUUAUCUCGUGGGUAACGCCUCAGAUGGAUGAUGGUUCUGAUGUCGUUAGCUACUGGAGCGCUGAUACUAAUGGUAGUGUAAAGAUGAGUGCUAUUGCGUCAACGUCGACCUACAGUUUCCACGAUUACACAUCUGGUUUUCUUCACCACGCUACCAUUAAAGGGCUUGAGUAUGAUACUAAGUAUUUCUACGAGCUUGGAACUGGUCGCUCCAUUAGACAGUUCAACUUCAUGACUCCACCAAAGGUCGGUCCAGAUGUUCCUUACACAUUCGGUGUUAUAGGUGAUUUGGGACAGACCUUUGCCUCGAACCAGACAUUGUACAAUUACAUGUCGAACCCAAAAGGCCAAGCUGUUCUUUUCGCCGGGGACUUGUCUUACGCUGAUGACGCUCCUAACCACGACCAAAGGAAAUGGGAUUCAUAUGGUCGUUUUGUGGAACCAAGCGCAGCCUAUCAGCCUUGGAUCUGGGCCGCAGGGAACCACGAGAUUGAUUACGCCGCGUGGCUAGGAGAGACACAACCCUUCAAGCCGUACUUGAACCGAUACCAUGUUCCUUACAAAGCCUCACAGAGUACUUCUCCCCUCUGGUACUCAAUCAAAAGAGCCUCCGCUUACAUCAUCGUACUCUCCUCUUACUCAGCUUAUGACAAGUACACGCCUCAGAACUCGUGGCUUCAGGAUGAGCUCAAGAAAGUAAACCGCUCAGAGACUCCUUGGCUGAUUGUUAUCGUCCAUGCCCCAUGGUACAACAGCAACAACUAUCACUAUAUGGAAGGUGAGAGUAUGAGAGUUACCUUCGAGCCAUGGUUGGUCGAAAGCAAAGUCGAUGUUGUUUUUGCUGGUCAUGUUCAUGCCUACGAGCGUUCAGAGCGUGUCUCCAACAUUAAGUACAAUAUCACUGAUGGAUUGAGUACUCCGGUUAAAGAUCAAAAUGCUCCGGUUUACAUUACCAUUGGAGAUGGUGGUAACAUAGAAGGACUCGCUAACAGUUACACGGAUCCGCAACCAAGUUACUCAGCGUUUAGGGAGGCGAGUUUUGGACACGCUAUGCUUGAGAUAAAGAACCGGACUCAUGCCCAUUAUACUUGGCAUAGGAACAAAGAUGACGAGUCUGUUAUUGCGGAUUCUAUUUGGUUGAAGAACCGAUACUACUUGCCGGAGGAUGAGACAACAGAACUUAGUUAG